AUGGAUGAGAUGGAGCAACGUCUGACCACGUCCAAAGCCUCUUACGAUGCUCAGCUGGACGAUAUUGAAAAAAGCGCCGAGAACUCUGAGACGUCGCACAAGGAGAAGGUGAAUACGAUGCAGCAACUCAUCGAGGAUGCCAAAACAGCCCAUCGUGAAGAGCUAGGCGAGAAGCAACAAAGUAUGGAUGCAGCCAAAGCCGUCCACGACGCCGAGACGGACAAGUUGCGGAUAAGGAUCGAAGACACCAAGGCCAUGUACAAGAACAGGGUGGGGGUGGCUCAAAAGCAACUGAACGACUCCAAGGCUACACACGAGGACAAGGUGAAGGAGAUGCAGAGGCAGAUCGACGAGUGCAACACCGCACGCGAUAAAGAUGCGGAGGAGCAUGGGAAGGAAAUGAAAAGCAUGCGAGAUGCUAUAGAGGAGAUGAGAAACACACAUUGGGCCGCCAUAGAGACUGAAAAGUCAUCGCACGGCAGGGAGAAGCAGUCGUUGGAAACGACUCACUACAAAGAAAAGGGAGGUUAUGAGACAGCGCUCAAGAACAUCAAGUUGGAGAUGGGAACGCUCAAGAAAGAGCACGCAGCAGCCACCCAUAAUGCCAAAGAAGAGCGUCAUCGGCUCGAACAGAAGGCUACCGGAUUGGAAGAUCUAGUACUGAUACUGAGUGACUCAAAACUCGAGGUAGAGAGGCACUUAGAGGAGGAGAGACGCGACGCAGCGCUGAAAAGUUCGCACCUCGAGCGUCUCCAGAAGGACUUGGCAGAUGUGGAGUUGCAGAGGGUUGAUGUUGGAAAUCAGCUCGUCAGCAUAGAGGCCGAAGUGCAAGUGCUGAAGGAGAGUCUCAGCACAGAGAUGACCGAGACAGCAAAAGCUGAAGAGAGUCUCCGGCUCGCCAAUGAGUUCCAUACCGAUGCAAUUUUCCAAUGGGCUAGACUUUUAUUUGGUCCAAGGGAGUUCUAUAGCGAACAAACGCUGAUAUCAGCCAUUGGCCAAGGCACUCAGGCCGCAGGCCACGAUCACAAGCCUUGGCUUAUCAGCGAGUCUUGGACAGCAGAUCAACAAUACUCGGAGUUUCCUGGUCACGAGUUAGGGGCGGUCGUUUCGAUGCUCGUUCAGGACCUGCAAGACAAAGUGCUUGGGAUCAGCGUGUUUCACGGUCUGAUGCGGAGACUGACCAGACUGGUCUCACGGGCUCCACGAGUCAACACAGCGUUGAUACAGUGGAUUAUCGACCACAGCAAUUGGAGUCUUUCGACAGUCCGUCCAAGUGAGCUUAAUAUCCCUGCGCGAGCUGCCAUCUGGGCGCUGGCGGACGUUCUGAGACGGAGAUGGCCCAGCACUGGACACAUCGAAGACUCGCACGAGGUCAUGCAAGAGUGCUGGGAUCUCAUCGCUCAGCAUGACCCCAAGGCAGUCGACGCCGAGGGACUCAACGCCCAAGGGAAAGUUCCAAUGGUGUUGGAGCUCCUGCAAGACAACAAUGGGAGUGUUAUUCACAUCGUCAAGAAGCCCGAAUGGGCGUGGGCUGUCAUCAUGGACAUGCAGAGACAUACCUGCGCAUUCGUCAAAGAGAACUGCUUGCGAGAAGUGGCUAUGGGUAAUGGUAUAUGGGAUAAGGAGGUCAAGGCGGGGAACAUGGUUAUCCACUUAGACAUGAGUAAGCCAGAGUGCGUAGACUUUUAUAUGGAAUACUGGGUAUUUGAGGACUAA